AUGUUACAAAUAAUGGACGAAGCUUUGGAAAUGCCAACUAUUAAUGAUGAAAUGGAAGAACGAUUAGAACGUUUGUUAGCCAAAUUUAAUAAUAAAUCACAGUUCAUACUUUAUGUAGUUGAAGUUGAUCAUGGUAAUUUAGUUGGUUGGUGUCGUGGUGGACGCGCAGUUGAAGCCCAUAAAAUAGUUGCUCAUGAAACAUAUGAUUGCGAAAUACAUGAUAUAUUUGUUCGUAAACAAUAUCAACAUCGUGGUAUUGGUUAUGAAUUAUGGAAAAUUAGAAAUAUAAUACCAAUCCCUUCAACCUUACCAACUUCAUUGCCAAGCGUUCAAUGUCCUGUUUCAUGUUCGAUUCACUCACAUAUUCCUCCCGUAGAUCUUCUAACAGCCAGUAUUUCUUCUCUUGCUCGAGAUUUAUCAAACUGUCGUUAUUCAUCGACGGAUCUUGUUCGAUGGUAUUUGAUGCGUAUUGAUGCAGUUAAUCGACGUGGCUCCCAUCCACUUUAUGCUGUCAUAGAAACUAAUCCUGAUGCACUGAUGAUCGCCAAUACACUAGAUCAACAGCGACAAAGUACAGGUCCAAGGUCUUCUCUUCAUGGAAUUCCAAUUUUGGUCAAAGAUAAUGUAGCAACUAAUGAUAAGAUGCAAACUACUGCUGGUAGUCUGGCUUUGAUAGGAGCUCGCGUUGUUCGAGAUGCUCAUGUUGUUGAUCGAUUGAGACAGGCAGGCGCUAUUAUACUUGGCAAAACUUCACUUUCAGAAUGGUCCAAUUUCAGAUCAAUGAAUAAAUCAAGAGAAGGAUGGUCACCACGCGGUGGGCCAGCCAGUUCGGCUUAUGUAGCCAAUGGCGAUCCUUCAGGGUCUAGUAGUGGUUCGGCCGUUGCUGUUAGUGCUGGUUUGUGUGCAGCUGCCGUUGGUACAGAAACGGCCGGUAGUAUUGUAUCGCCAUCUAGUGUAGCAAACAUAGUAGGUCUCAAACCAACGGUAGGGUUAACAUCUCGUUCAGGUGUUAUUCCAAUCUCACGCUAUCAUGAUUCGAUUGGACCGAUGGGUAGAACGGUCGAAGACGUAGCAUUGAUGCUAGAAAUUAUGCAAGGUGUUGAUUCACGUGACGAAGCCACACAACAAGUAGGUGCUAUUCGUCAUGGUAAUUAUUCACAAUUUUUGCGUGGUGUCGAAGGAUUACGCGGUCUCCGGUUAGGUAUUGUAAUUCAGCAUAUUAAUAUGACGACAGAAUUAGUAGAUGUUAUGGAUAAAGCAGUUGCUUUGAUGCGUUCAUAUGGAGCGAAAAUCAUCGAUUCAGUGAAUUUUACAGACAUUAAUGAUCAUCAAAUGUUUGAUGAUUUGUUUUCCCUUUUCUUGAUUACUUUUCCCGAAGACAUUGCAAAUUAUUUGAUGGAAUUGAGCAAUACAACGAUACGAUCUUUAAACGAUCUAAUUGAAUUCAAUCUUAACCACACGAAUGAAGAAUUUCAUCCUCUAUUUGCUCCUAAUCAAGAUAUAUUUGAAUUGAGCAAUAAUUUCACUAAGUCAUUAUAUAUGAAUCAAUCAAGUCUUCUGAAUAAAACUCGACGAUUGGGUGGACAAUUGUCUAUUGAUGCUGCUUUAGCCAAACAUAGUUUGGAUGCUCUUAUCACACCAAAUGUUUCAAGUUCAUUGACUAUUAUGGCAUCGGCAGCUGGCUAUCCAUUAAUUACUGUUCCAUUGGGUUAUGAUCAAUCGAAUGGUGAACCCUAUGGACUGAUGAUAGCUGGUACGGCUUGGUCGGAACCAAUACUUUUACGUGUCGCACAUGGCUUUGAACAAGCAUCACGUGUUCGAGAUCAGCGACGACCAACAUAUGCUGAACGUGAUUGA